AUGGCCUUUGCACCCAGGGGUCCUGAGGCCUCGUUCUUCCAGGUUUUGGACCGGCACAGGGCUUCCCUGCUGGCCGCCCUGAGGAAAGGCGGCGGGGAGCCCUCUGGCGGGGGGACGCACCUGGCCUCUAGUUCUGAGGUUCUUGCAUCUAUAGAAAAUGUUAUCCAAGACAUAAUCACAAGCUUGGCAAGAAAUGAAGCACCUGCAUUCACAAUAGACAACAGAUCAAGCUGGGAAAAUAUAAAGUUUGAAGAUUCUGUGGGUCUUCACAUGGUAUCUCAUUGUACCACAAGAAAAAUCAAAAGUGAUUCACCAAAAUCAGUUAAAAAUUUUGCGCUAAUUCUUAAAAUAUUGUCCAUGAUUUAUAAAUUAGUACAGAGCAACACUUACGCAACCAAACGAGACAUAUAUUACACUGACAGCCAACUCUUUGGUAACCAGACUGUCGUGGACAAUAUUAUCAAUGAUAUUUCCUGUAUGUUAAAAGUGCCGAGGAGAAGUCUGCAUAUAUUAUCUACAUCUAAAGGUUUAAUUGCUGGCAAUUUAAGGUAUGUCGAGGAAGAUGGCACCAAGGUGAAUUGUGCAUGUGCAACAGCUGUUGCUGUGCCAUCUAAUAUUCAAGGAAUUCGGAAUUUAAUUACAGAUGCAAAAUUUCUAUUAAUUGUAGAAAAAGAUGCGACAUUUCAGCGGCUCCUAGAUGACAAUUUUUGCACCAAAAUGUCUCCGUGCAUCAUGGUUACGGGAAAGGGAGUACCUGAUCUGAACACAAGACUUUUAGUCAAGAAGCUCUGGGAUACAUUUCACAUUCCUAUUUUCACUCUUGUAGAUGCUGAUCCACAUGGCAUAGAAAUAAUGUGUAUCUAUAAGUAUGGAUCGAUGGCUAUGUCUUUUGAAGCCCAUAAUCUCACAGUUCCAGCUAUUAGAUGGCUUGGUCUCCUCCCUUCUGAUAUCAGAAGAUUAAAUAUACCUAAAGGUACUUUAAUUCCACUGACAAAACAGGACCAAAUGAAACUUGACAGUAUCCUGAAGAGACCUUAUAUUACUUGCCAACCAUUUUGGAGAAAAGAAAUGGAAAUAAUGGCCGACUCUAAAAUGAAGGCAGAAAUUCAAGCUUUGACCUUCCUAUCAUCAGAUUAUCUUUCCAGAGUAUACUUACCCAACAAAUUAAAAUUUGGAGGAUGGAUAUAA